AAUCAGGAAGUUGCUUCUCAUAACAGAAGAAAAAAUUUUCUUGACCAUGGUGGACGCAAUUAUCAAGAGAUACAUUGCACUGAUAUCGACAGCCAUAUUACUAAGGCACAAGGGACUUGCACAAGGUCAAAUCUGUUCGGAAUCAAUAGCUACACCGCAUGUUGUUCAGAAAUGUCCAAUGAACAGAGAGGAAUGGGAGAGGGCAUCCCAAAAGAAAAAAUGUUCAGAAAUACAGAAGUAUGAUAACUGCAGAAAUGUGGAGUACCAUUGUUUGGUGAAUGAAUUCAGAAAUGAAACUAUUGAGGUAUGCACGGAUCCCUGGUAUCUACAAGGUUAUUGCCCAAUUUAUUUAGAAAAUGGAGUCAAAAAUGACUAUACCAAAAUGUGUAUGAACAAGGCAUAUCCUUGCAAUUGUUCCAAUCAAUAUCGUUCAACAGAAGCAUACAAAUGGCAAUGCUGUUUUAAUGAAAAGUUUUCCUCAGGAAAGUGGAAUAUCACUGUCACUGAUUCAGACAAAUAUAGCAACUUGAACACUUUAAUUGUGGCAGUAUGGGUGCUUCUAGCAAUAAUACUUCUACUAAUGGUUCUGUGCGCUUUUGGAUUCGUGUAUCAAAGGAGACUAGAGUGUAUAGGAAAGCCUGAAGAAGUAAGUACGUCUUUGAAUGACUUUCUCCUUUUUAUAAUAAAAAAAUGCCUUAGAUAUUUAUUUGCCCAUUUUGAGCUAUAUAGCUUUUCAUAUCUGUUUAAUAACAAAUAUGAUAAUUUUGGAAAAAGAGUCAGAGAUUUAGUAAAAAGUUUGGACAACCUAAAGAAAGUAAUGGACCAAAUUAUUGGAAAUGACAUUUUUGAUUUGGAAUAUAAACUCAGAAGUACGGAGAUGAAACUCGACAACAUGUACAAAAAACUGUUCGGAAGCACUGGAAAACCAGAACCACCUUUGACCAAAGCUAGCGCACUAGAAGCAAGAGUUACAAAAACCAGUACCAUUAUUAAAAAAAUGCAUCAGAAGCUAAGAGAUCUAAAUUUGGAUUUCAUUGAUGAUGACUUGAAACACCAUGUGUCAAAAAGACCCAACAGCCAUGAUAUACACAUUACAGAACCCAACGAUGUUACAGAAGGAGUUGCAGUCGAAUUUUAUAAUAAAACGACAUCCAACAAACCGUUAGAGUUUUCGACUGAAGAAAAUGGCGACUACAAAUAUGGUGAUAGCAGUUUGUGUCACAUGAUGCCCGAUGGUGAGAACAACCAAAAUAAAGAGGAAGAUUGCAUUCAGAUGUCAGUUUCUCAACAGACCAGGCUGUCCAAAAAAAUUAUGCCUGACAAUACCAGUGGUUACUUUUUAACAGAUGAAUGCGGACCGUUGUUUGAAAAGAAGACAUUACGAGAGAAGAUGGAAUAUCUUAGAGAUAAUACUGACAAACUGAUGGAAAAUUUUAAAAAAGUGAGAGAUGCCUAUUACGAAAAAGAUAAACCUGGAAAUUUGCAUACCCUUGAUUACCAAUUAACAGAUACUGAAGCUGACGUUGACGUUCUGGCAGAUGUCUAUGGAUUUAAAGAGAUUCAAGGGUCACGAUCUGGAAAAUGUUUGGAGGAAAAUUUAGAGGAGAUGAAUUCAUUAUUUGAAAAGUUAUCAGAGAAGUUUGAACAAAUGGAGAGGAAAGUAGGAAAACCAUGAAAGUACAAAUGUUUCAAUUUUGUGAAAGUUUAUGCACUCUUAUCUUUUAUUGGAUGUAAAAUCUGCCAAAAAGUGUUACAUACUUGAAAGUGUAAAAUUGGUUUGAAUAAGCAACGUGCGAUGUGAUUUGUCUUCAAUGUUUCUUACUAUAUCUGGGAUAUUAAAAGUUAAUUAUGUACAUAGUUCGUAGAAAUUUUAACUAAUGUGCAUUGUGCAUUUACUUUGAAACAUUCUGCAGCAACGUUCAUUACAUUCCUCAAUUAUGAUAUAUUUGCAAUUACAAUGCAAUGCUUGAACAGAAGAUCUAGAAACAUUGGUAAUUUUUGUAAUACAAUCUUAUGAUGAAAUUUCCAAAUUGAAUCUUUAAUGAUGAUUACGUUAUCCUGUUUUAUAUCCAUUGAAUAAAAUCAUGCGAUUUUCUAAAAGUUUUUAGCAUUUAUCAAAUAUUAAAUAUUGUCCUCUACAUUUGACUUUCUGUUACUUACGCUCUCUUGAGCAAUGAAACACUCAUUUACUGGAUCCGCAAUACUUUAAAAAAUGUAUUCGAGAAAAGAAUUUUGCAGUACAUUGUGUAUUAGAAUGAAAUUGUUCUCCGGUUUUCCAUGCAUUGAAAAUACAUGUAGGUUCAUUAUAAAAAUAUUGGUGAAUUGUGGUGAACAUUUGUACAUCAAAUGACACGUAUGUUGUACUACAUUUCAAUGUGAAAAUCCGGUAUAUAGUUUCCUAAUUAAACAAAUGUGUGAUUGCCAGCUGUAGACACUACAGUGAUUCUCCUACAAUUUAUAACAUGCAAUAUUACUUGUGUUUAUUAUUUCAAACCUGAUUUUUUUUAUUGAGCAUAACGAUUUCUUUUACAAGCGAAACGAUUGGAUUCUUGGUUAAUUUCAAAUAUAUUUCUUUACUUGCUCGAUAAGCAUAAUUUGUGUUCAAACACUUGUUUAUAGUAUGCACAUCAUGAUAAUAAGAAAUGUAAAAUAUAUUUAGAGAAAUUAAUGUUUUAAUUUGUUAUAAGUAUUUGAAAUCAUUUCAUAGAGAUAAAAGCUAAAGCACAUUGGUAUUGCAAGAAAUUGAUUUUUUUUUUAAUGUAAUGUAGGUGUUAGACAAGGAGAAAACCUUUCCCCUUUCUUAUUUUCUUUGUACAUUAAUGACUUAGAAAACUUUCUUUUGGAAAAAAAAUAUUGUUGGUUUACAAAGCAUUAGUAAUGAAAACGAGUUAUUUUUACAUUUGAAACUACUUAUUUUACUUUACGCUGACGAUACCGUCAUAAUGGCAGAAUCGACAGAAGACCUCCAAAACGCCCUCAACGAAUUUUAUAGUUAUUGUACUCAAUGGAAACUUAAAGUCAAUGUUAAUAAAACAAAAAUAAUGGUUUUCUCCAAAGGUCCAACAUCGAAAAAGCUUGUUUAUUAUAAAGGAGAAGUUAUUGAAAAUGUUAAAGAAUUCAAAUACCUGGGUAUCGUUCUGUCAAGAACUGGUUCAUUUAUUAAAGCAAAAAAGCAUUUGUGUGAACAGGCUCAAAAGGCUAUGUAUGGUGUUAUAAGAAAAAUUAGAAAUUUUAAUUUACCAGUAAAUUGUCAAUUUGAUUUGUUUGAUAAGGUUGUUUUACCAGUUUUAUUGUACGGCUGCGAAAUUUAGGGCUUUGAAAAUCUAGAUAUUAUUGAACGUGUACAUCUGAAAUUUUUGAAAACAGUACUUAAUUUAAGAAGCACAACACCGAAUUUUAUGAUAUAUGGAGAAACAGGGCGCUACCCGUUGUAUAUUAAUGUUUAUACAAGAAUAAUUACAUAUUGGGGGAAAAUGCUAAUAAGCCCUGAGAACAAAAUUGUAUAUACAGUGUACAGAUAUUUAUUUUCACAACAUUUUAAUAGCGAUUGUAAAAGCCCAUGGAUUGAUUGUAUUCAAAGAAUUUUGAACAUGUGCGGGCUACAAUAUGUCUGGCAGAACCAUAAUUUUGUCAAUAUAGAAUGGUUAUCUGCUACUGUAAACCAAAGAUUAAAAGACCAAUUUA